CAAGCCCCGCCCCCAGCUCGGGACACAGGCCGGAGGCCAGCGGGAGCCCGGAGGGAUCAUGGCGGAGCCGGCAGGGGGCGCCCCGGGGCCGGGCUGCCCGAUGCCCCCUGCCCCGCUGAAGCUGACGGUGCUAGAGCAGACCCCUGAGCCAGCCCUGCACAGCACCUGCCCGGUGCCCUCCAGCCUCGCCGCUGUCGUGGUGCCGGUGCGUCUCGAUGUCCUCUCCUUCCUCCUCAAGAGUGCCCUGGCUGGGGUGCACACAGCCUUGCGCCCAGCCGGGCAUGGUGGGCUGACCCCGCCCGCCUCAGGACCCCGGCCGUGUUGCUGCGGCCCGUGCCUGGCCCCCCGGGCUUGGCAGGAUGGCACCUCGACCCCCCAGGAUGGCGUGAGGGGCCCCCAUCGAGAUGGCCACCGUUGGGCGUCUGCUCACACCGAAGGGCGGGCAUGGGGCCAGGCCCUGGAGACCCCCGAAUGGGGUCCAGGGACCACUCCGGGUGGGACCUGGGGCCCCGGGUCACGCCAGGCCGGGCCCUCGGGUCACAGCACGAGGGGGCGCGGCCCAGGUGGCCGUCGGUGGGCAUCCCGCCACGCCCCCUCGGACACGGUCCCCCUCCACGCCGGGGGGGCGGCGACUGCCCCCCACAAGGUCUGGGGCACGGGGGUGCCCCGAAGCCCCGGGCAGGCGCAGGCCGUGGGGGAUGGCGGGAGGAAGCGGAGCCAUGAUGGCCACCCGUGGGGGUCCCCCACUGCCAAGAUGGCCUUGGGGGGCCCCGGGGAGGACUGGGAGGCAGAGUACGAGGGGGCCCCUGCCCCUGCGCCGGGGGGCUUCCCUGGGUACCUCCAGGGCCUCUACGUGGACCUGCUGGCCCCGGACUCACGCCAAGGCCCCGAAGCAGGGGAGGCCCCCCCCGAAUUGCAGGGGACCCAGGGUUCCCCGGGGUCGUGAGGGUCAGGCCGGGACAAGCGGGGGGUGGCUCGGUACCCACAAUCCCUCAGGGCUCUGCCAACAUGGCCACCUGCUCACGUCCCUUCCCCCACCCACAACCCCCUGCUCCAAACCAGCCGCCUACCCAUAAUCCCCCAUUCCGAACCCCUGUCCUCCAGCUGUACCCAUAAUCCUCCAUUCCUCUCCCUGCCAUAGACCCCCAAAUCCAUCACCACCUCCUGUGCCUCUUCCAUCUUUACCCCUAGGUCUCCAUUCCUAAUUCCUGCCGGAGACCCCAUCCGCCAUCUCUACCCACACCCCAGUCCAAGCCCGCCUGCUGCCCACGGGCUGACCGAACACCACCCUUGCUCGUUCUCCGCCUCCCGGGCGCCUGGGUCCUCUCCCAGCCAUGUCCUGGAAGUCAGCCUCCAAAAAUCACAUUUUAUGGGGGAAAAACACCCAAAAUUGCACCUGCGGGUGGUUUAUUUUGACACUCUUCAUUUGAAUUUUGCAGUAUUUACUAGUUUUUUUUUAAAGGAAAAACCACAAAACCAUAUAUUUUGCCCUAAAAUCCUGGGAUUUGGGAAUGGUUUCUCUUUAAAAAAGAAACAGAAAUCUCUGUUGUUUUAAGUCUGAAUAUUUAGAGGGGUUUUUCUGGGCUAAAAAGACCAAAAUUGGCUCAUCUGUACGUUGGUUAUAACAAGUAGAUAUUGCCAUUAGGAGAUUUUUAUUUGGAGAUUCCAGAGUUAAAACCACCAAAGAAAGACUCGUGUCGUGUUAGAAAGAGAUUUGUGUAAAGAAUUUGACAGCUUGGAGAUCUGUGAUACAAUUUCUGGGUUGAAAACUACCCAAAAUGGCUCAUACAUUACUUUAGUUAAAAACUGUUCUGUUAUGAGGUUGUCAUUAGAAGGGAUAUGGUUGACUUUUGGGGCUAAAAACUCCAAAAUUGGGUCAUAUUCCAUGCCAGCUAAAAAGAGGAGGAGGAGAUUUUUAUUAGGAAUUUGUAAUUUUCUGGAUCUAUUUUUGGGUUUAAAAACAUGGAAAAUGGAUCAUAGAUUGUCCCAAAUUAUGUAAAAAAAUGAUUCUGUUGUGACCCUGAAAUGUGGGUGUUGGUAGUUCAAUUCUGAGGCUAAGAAAAAGAAAUCAGCUCAUCUGUUGCAUCGCUGGAAAAACAAUCCAGCUAUUUCUAUGAAGAAUCUGCAAUUCUGGAGAUUUGUAAUGUCGUUUCUGGGUUGAAACUGAAAAAUAGAUCUUAUAUCUUUUUGAACUGACACAAUACAUCUGUUGUGGGUCUGUAAUGGUGAAGCUUUAUUUUUGGGAAUAAAAGCACUAAAAAUGGUUCACAUAUUGGAAAGGUUAAAAUUUGUUUUUUUAAAUUUAGUGCUAGUUAUUUGGGGAUUUCAGGGGUAUUUGGGGUUUUAAAAGGCUGUGUGUGAAGCUGAAGAGCUGGAUUUGUUUUGGAGAUUUGUGGCAAUUAAUACUACUACUACUAAUAAAAAGCUGAAUCCCCCAAAA